UUGAGCUACGACGAGGAGGGUCAGGGAGACCGACAGCAUCUGCACGUUCCUUCGCUCGUGAACUACGGACCGGUCGGUACUGCGACUGUAACACCAAUAUCGGAGUGUUAUUCUCGACACAGCGUAUGAUUUCGACAAAGUGCGCGCCGCCACCAUUCUAAAACAACGCCGUUUAAACCUGCUUCUAGAAGUAACGGGCAGUGGGAGCCUCAGCUAAGGCUAGCUAGCCGCACUCGGGGCUGGGCAUUGCUGAGUGGUGGGCCGGGGGGCAUUACUCGGUGCUCAGCCGAGGGGCGCGUGCCUACUGUCGUUUGAUGGAUCCGAGAAUCGCCUGGUUUCAACCAGAACAGCGCGGACCCGCAAACAACCUGUGGAUGCAGAUCUGGGAGACGACACAAGGAUUCGGGUUUCUGCAUGUAAAUAGCAGCUUCAGCAGCGGAUCUCAGAACACGCCGAGCUUGAACGGCAGCAGACACGGAGCACCGGACUCGAACACCGGUGACAACUGGACGCAGGGGAUGUCGACCCCAGCGGGAGAGAUAGCGGAGCAACGGGACUUCAUACCACUGGAAUCGAACAGCAACCACAAUCACCGAGCCGCCGGCUGGGGCGGUGUCGGAGGCGGCCAGCAGCAGCAGCAGGACAGCGGGGUGGCUGUGCUGUGGAGGGGCCUGACAGAUGGACACCCCAACAAAAGGAAAAGGGACAACAAAGCGAGCACUUUCGGCUUCAAUUCCAGCCUGUUGAACAGUGGCAACGGCCUGAACACAGAAGACGGCUACGCUGGGACGCCGUGGAAAGUCAGGAACUACUCUGAAGGAAUUGUGGGGUUACAUGAAGAGAUCAGUGACUACUACGCGUAUAUUUCUCCUCGGCCGGAGGAGGAAAAGAUGAGGCUGGAGGUGGUGGACAGAAUCAAGAGCGUCAUCCACAACCUGUGGCCGAGUGCUGAAGUCCAGGUGUUUGGAAGCUUCAGCACGGGCCUCUACCUGCCAACAAGCGACAUUGACUUGGUUGUCUUUGGGAAGUGGGAGACCCUGCCUCUCUGGACGCUAGAAGAGGCUCUCCGCAAGAGAAAUAUUGCAGAUGAGAACUCCAUAAAGGUUCUGGAUAAAGCUACGGUUCCCAUCAUCAAACUGACCGACUCCUUCACCGAAGUGAAGGUGGACAUCAGCUUCAAUGUGAAGAGCGGAGUCAAGGCUGCUCGCCUCAUCAAGGAGUUCAAAGAGAAAUACCCUGUGCUGCCUUACCUGGUCCUGGUUCUGAAGCAGUUCCUUCUGCAGAGGGACCUGAACGAAGUUUUUACUGGAGGAAUUGGCUCCUACAGCCUCUUCCUCAUGGCCGUCAGCUUCCUGCAACUCCACUACAGAGAAGACGUGUGCAGCCCCAACAUCAACAUCGGCGUCCUGCUCAUUGAGUUCUUUGAACUGUACGGUCGACACUUCAACUACCUGAAAACAGGCAUCAGGAUAAAGGACGGCGGCUGCUACGUUGCCAAAGACGAGGUCCAGAAGAACAUGAUGGAUGGUUACCGGCCUUCCAUGCUGUACAUUGAGGACCCUCUGCAGCCAGACAACGACGUGGGCCGCAGUUCUUACGGUGCCAUGCAGGUGAAGCAGGCGUUUGAUUACGCCUACGUGGUGCUCAACCAUGCCGUGUCCCCCAUCGCCAAGUACUACCCGAACAACGACGCUGAAAGCAUUCUGGGACGAAUAAUCCGAGUGACGAAGGAGGUGGACGAGUACAGGGAAUGGAUCAGAAAGAACUGGGGGAGUCCGAUUCAGAAUGAUCUGGCGCUUAACAGGAACGAUGUUGCGCUCUUCGAGUCCCAGCAGCUUGACGAAUGCAACAACAACGUUCAAGACGACGACGAGGAAGAUGAUGAUGUCGUGAUUUUACCGUCGGCCCCUGGCAGCAAAACCUCCUCGACGUCCUCGUCUCCGUCGCCCUCACUACGCUCCUCUCCUUCCUCUUCUCCUCCUACGUCUUCGUCUUCCAGCUCCAGUGAUGCGGACUCAGAUGGGACGCCGUGUAAGACAGCCAAACAGCAGUCAGGUCGGAGUGCCAGCAACCACAGAGAGAAGUCAGCAGUGGGUCAUCACAGAGCACAGAGUCACACAACCAGCACGCCCUCUGCUGGCAGCAAAGGGGGAAAGGCACGAAUGUCCCGCUCCCACAACAACAGUGGUCACCACAGACAGCAGGGCUCCACAUCCAGCAACAAAAGUCACCAGAGCAACAAACCGCACCACCAGAGCCGCAGCAAGAAGAGGAAAAAUCUGAGAGACUCAGCACAGGAAGAGCUCUGCAGAUAGGGAUGGACCACUUGCGGAUGCUCUCAUUUGAUUAACAGUCCGACCUUUGCUGCCAGACUCCAGCCCGGAGAGGCUGCUUGUGACUCCUGCUGUCUCAGUCCAGCUUUUCUGGCUGACACCUUUCUAGCAGAAAACAAAAAAAUGCUCUAGUAAAUGCAGUUUUGGACCUGAAUUGAAAGCGUAAAGGACUGCUUGAUGCUUAUUCGCUUCCUUAAAAAAACUCCUCUUGUGGAGCCAUCAGGAAAGUGUUUCAAAUCUCCAGAGCAAUACGCUGGACUGCUGGCUGUUCUUACGACACGCAAAUAGGAUAAAAAAAAAUUUUAUUGAAAAAAAAAUGUCUUGAAAUGUACAAAAACAAUGUUGAUCAUGUAAACAGAUUUUUUAAAAAUGAUUGUAACUUACGAAUGCAAUCAGUAGGUGUGGAAUAUAACUUAUGCAUGGCAUUUUUUCCUCUCCGUCGGUUGUUUUUCUUUGUUUGUUUAAUCUGUUUUGAUAUGUUUAAACAGGUUACUCUACAAUUUGUACAAAAUUCAUUGGCCAAAAAAAAAAAACAAAAAAAAAAAAACAAAA